ACAAACUUGUCUUUCGCGUUUGAGCUGGAGGAAGACCUUGAAAGCGAGAUACAGCACUUCGCCAAGCUCAGCCGGACAGGCAACUACGCCAAAGCCCAUGAUUUCUUUAACCAUGUCCUGAGAAAACAUAUUGGCUUUUUCCCUGUGGCUGUAGAGUAUGCAGAUAUGCUCCAUGAGCAAGGCUGCUAUAGACAGAUGUCGAUUUUUCUGGAAGAGCGUCUUGGCACUACACGCGAUGAAUGGGGAGAAGAUGAGAUGCAGCUUCUUCGAUUAAUGAAGGCCAUGGCCGAUAUGUACUACCGAGGAAUGCUCGGGAUAGCUCUUGAUGAAGCUACCAGAGCAUGGCAUUUCCUG